AUGUUUGAUCCUGUCUUCUCUGAUCCUCCCCUUCCUCUACUGUCCCCAAUCCAUCUACUGAUAGAAAAAAGCCUUGGGGCAAGCUGCACAUGCUCAGUUUGGUUUUUUUUUUUCUUGGGAGAGUGCAUGUGAUUAGCACAGGGCCAAUCAGCACUGUCCAGACAGAGGUCAGGGGAUUUCCAUCCUCCUAGAGCAGAAAAUAAAAUCCUCCUACAAGCUUUAGCUAGUGGUGCGCUGGACACAGAUAGAAGUCACAAGACUGCUCUAACUGCUGAUGAGAAAAGGUAUUUAGCAGUUUUAUAUUUACUAA